UCUCUCUCUCUCUCUAAACGAGACAGAGUGCAUCCAACUUGGCAAUGGUGGCUGUCUUUGGUUCCCCAUACAAUCCAAUAAAUUUUCCAGCUUGCAAUAAAACAGGCUGCUAUUGAUACCAUACAUCUUGCUGAUUUCUGUGAUAAAAUGAACAUCAAUUGAAUCUUGGAUCUAGAGCUUCACCGUUUCGGCAGUUGGUUCACGCUAAAUAUGGGUUGUCUAUUACCUAAUCUGGUGCUUUUUGUCAUUGAAAACAUGGAUUAGCGUUUUGUUUUUGUUCCUUUUUUGUGGAUUGUGGAGGAGGAUCAAUGGCUCCAGCGACAGAUGUAUCUCCACAUUCAACAAGACUAGAAGGUGGAAGAUUCCAGGGAAGUUUCAAUUCAAUGGAGGAUGGAAAUGAAGGGUCAUUGGAGAAUAUGAACCAAAUCAACGCUGCCAAACCUCCGAGAAACCUCUCUGCUAUGCGCCAUUGCACCAGCUCUGCUUGGUUACCUGAACGGGAACCAGAUGUGCCCGUGAAGUCACCACCAUCAAGUGAGAAUUCUGGCUUUUUACCUGUAGUUCGUUCAGGAAGCUGUUCCGAGAAAGGACCAAAACAGUAUAUGGAGGAUGAGUUUAUAUGUGUUGAUAAUCUCUUUCAAUAUCUUGGUUCAGCUGCAAACUUCCCUUCCCCAGGAGCAUUUUAUGGGGUAUUUGAUGGACAUGGUGGUCUUGAUGCAGCAUCCUUUACCAGAAAGAACAUUCUCAAGUUUAUUGUUGAAGACUCCAAUUUUGCAACUGGCACGAAGAAGGCAGUUAAGAGUGCAUUUAUGAAGGCUGAUCAUGCAUUUGCAGAUGCUAAAUCUCUCGAUAGCUCCUCUGGCACCACUGCUUUGACUGCUCUCAUAUUGGGAAAGACCAUGCUCAUUGCUAACGUUGGGGAUUCUCGAGCAGUGUUAGGUAAACGAGGAAGAGCAAUUGAGCUGUCUAAAGACCACAAACCCAAUUGCACCUCUGAAAGAUUAAGAAUUGAGAAACUAGGUGGUGUCAUAUAUGAUGGCUAUCUCAAUGGCCAGCUUUCUGUAGCACGUGCCCUUGGAGACUGGCAUAUUAAGGGCUCUAAAGGCUCCAAAAGCCCCUUAAGCUGCGAGCCGGAGUUGGAAGAGAUUUUCCUGACUGAAGAAGAUGAGUUCUUGAUAAUGGGCUGCGAUGGCCUUUGGGAUGUGAUGAGUAGCCAAUGUGCUGUUACAAUGGUGCGGAAGGAGCUGAUGCAGCAUAAUGAUCCUGAAAGGAGCUCAAGAGCACUUGUCAAGGAGGCACUACAACGCAACACCUGUGAUAAUCUAACUGUUGUCGUGGUCUGUUUCUCUCCAGAGCCACCUCCACGGAUUGAAAUUCCUAGAUCGUAUAAGAGAAGGAGUAUAUCAGCGGAAGGGCUGGAUCUCCUUAAGGGUGUUUUGAACAACAUAUGAGCAGGAAUUAUCCACAGCUUGUACAAAAAUGGAGUUUA